AUGUUUCGAGUGAUAAACGUAGUUUUAGUAGUCGUUUCGAAAUUUCAGCUGGUGGGCUCCCAUUUUGCUGCGUAUGAAGCUCUCUACAAGCAAAUCGAUCCAGCGGGCGUCAAUCAAAUCGGCGCCAUCGACGCUGCCGCGUUCCUCAAGCGGAGCGCCCUGCCCGACACGGUGCUGAGAGAUAUUUGGGAGCUCGCCGACCCCGAACGAAAAGGGUUUCUGGACCGCUAUGGAUUUUUCGUGGCGCUCAAAUUGAUAGCGCUCGCGCAGUCGGGGGUGUCGCCUUCUACCGCUGCCUUAUACCAAACGGAGACUCCCGCACCUCGCCUACAAAACACUCCGCCAGCUAUCGACUGGAGUAUCAAGGCGGAGAAUCGCAAAAAAUAUGAAGAAAUGUUCCAAACGCUCGGACCUCAAAAUGGUCUCCUGCCUGGCAAUAAAGUCAAACCGGUGAUGCUGAACUCUAAACUUCCUGUCGAAGUUCUGGGCCAGAUAUGGGAUAUGUCCGAUCAAGAUCAGGACGGUUCCCUCGACAUGGAAGAAUUCGUCGUGGCGAUGCAUCUCGUCUCGAAAGCGCUCAUCGAAAACGCUCCAAUACCGAAGGCGCUCCCCCCACAACUAGUGAAAACAAGAUCUGCAGCCAUUAUCCCGGACCUUAUACCUUCGGGUUUCGACGAUCCCGGUCAAGGAUCCUCGCCAGCCCCACCUGUAGCGCCCACUCUCCCUGCGACGGUUGCCUCGCCGCCUGCCGCGGAUCCUUCUCCCGGCGAGACAGUUGGCAAUGGUGACAGCAUUAUGGAAAUCGAAAGAGAAAAGCAUCUCAAAUUGUUUAAGCGACUCGACGCCGACAAAGACGGUUUCGUCAACGGUGCAGAUUGCAAACAGACAUUCCUGGACACCGGUUUGCCUCAGCAAGAUCUCGCUCAGAUCUGGGGCUCGGUUGACACCGCGCAGACGGGACGAUUAUCGAGCGUGCAGUUCGUUCAGGCUAUGGGCAUGGUCGAAGAGAAGCUCCGGGAGCGCAGCAAACCCACUGGGAAUAAGGAACUCGACGCUCUCAACGAAGAGAUACGUCAGCUUCAAACUGAGAAACGUAUUAUCCAAGAAGAAGUCGACGUCGUCGAAGCCGAGGCUCGGACUCGUGAGGCGGAAGUCGCGGCCGCCCGUAGAGAGCUGGAACAACUACAAGCCAUGUUGAGACAGCUCGAAGUGCAGAAGAGAGAAGCCAAUAAGAAACUUGCCGAGCUCGGAGUCCAGAAGGGAGCGCUGGAACAACGACUCACCGAAACAAAGGCACAGCUACAAGACGAGCAAGAGAAAGUCGCGGUCUUGCGAAAGACGUUCGAGGACGAGAAGAAAGCUAUCGAGGAGACCAUGGAUCAGGAAGAUCCGAAAGAAAAAGAGUUGAGUGAACAACUCAAGAAGAUCGUCGAAGAAAUCGAAAGCAGCAAGGCGACCUUGCAAGAAUGGGAUGAUCGCAAAGAAGCUGCGAUAGCCAAGCUUGCCGAAGAAAUGAGCUUCGCGAGCGAUCCGUUCGCGGGUCAAGACCCCUUCGCCGCGAGUGGUAGUGACCCAUUCGGAUCUUCGGCCACCGGAGCGGGUGGAGUGGAUCCUUUCGGCGGUGAUCCUUUUGCCUCAAGGGCCAGUCCGACACCGGCGCUGCCGCCUAAGACAAAAGGCGGAACGAAAGCCCCUCCUCCUCGACCCGCGCCCCCCAGUAGGCCCGCAGGACCCACUAGGGCGGCACCUCCUGUACCGCCACCGCCGCUUGGCGACGACCCAUUCGCACCGAGCAACCCGAGUAGCGCUCAGGUUCAAUCCAACGACGGCUUCGCCAACUUUGACGCGUUCGGCGCUAGUGCAUUCUAA